CAUCCCAUUAUUGUGAUAGGGAUUGGAGGACUAUAAAAAUGCAAUUGUGAUCCCUAAAUUGAUGAGUUACUAAGUGGAACUGCCACAAGUUGUUGAUGAGACAAUAUGUUGGCCAUUUUGAAGAGAAUUCCAGGACAGAUAGCUCCUGCUUAUGGUGCUUUCAAUAAGCAGUGUUAUAAUAUUGCACAAUUCCAUGUAGAUGCUCCUUGUUCAAGGUAUUAUGCAGAAAAAAUUGCACGUGGACCUCUGAAGAGGCAUUAUGGCCGCAACCAGAUUGAAAAACUGCAUAACAGAGGUCCUUUACCACAUGACCCUGAGGCUAAGUCCCCUCUGCCCAUGCCUGAAUACCGACCAAAAAAUGCUUGGUGUCAGAAGCGAGCUCUCUUUGGUCAAAAUGACUACAUUGAUAUUCUCGGUGAUGGAUCCCUUCAUCCCACGGACACUUUGUAUGACGUUCCUCUUUGGCUGCGAGGCUUCAAAGGCAAUGAAUUCCAAGUCUUGCUCCGACAGAAAAGACUGUUUGGGCAUAGUAUGCAGGAAUGGAAUCCAACUCGAUUUGACCAGAUCGACAAGAGGAUCAAGUUAUUGUACAGGCGGCUUAACUUCCACAGGUCACAAGACUUCUUCAAGAAGUAGAUUAUUUACCGAUUUUGAACUAGAAUUGGCUAUGUUGUACGUUUUGUAGAUUAUGAAUGAAGUUAAUUCUUAUGC